GAAUAAAACAUCCAAUUAGAUUCCAUAAUUAAGCAUGGACGACUGCGGAAUGGAGACCAGCUCACCUUCUGAGGCCACCACCGAGCUCAGCUUCAACACCGACGACGAGAAAAUGCAAUUGCAAGAGCAACGUACCUCUGCCACCGUCGGCUGCGCAGCUGUAGUUGGGGAAGGCAGCGACAGGCCGACCACAGCCGGCAUUUGUUAUUGUGGCAAGGAACGCAACCUCAACCUGAUCGAGCUGCUGUGUGCAACAUGCUCGCGAUGGGUGCAUGAGACCUGCAUAACAUAUCAACUAGGCAAGGGCAAAAUACUGCCCUUUAUCUCCAAUUAUAUAUUUGUGUGCAAAAAUUGCUCGGGCACCGGCCUGGAAAGCUUUCGCAAAAGUCAGGCCACAAUAUCUCAGAUGUGCCAGUGCGCGAUUGCGAAUAUGCAGCAGGCGGCUUUACGCGAUGGCAAGCAGCACAUACAGUUCAGCAAGGACAAGGAGAUUAUACCCUACAUUGAGCAAAACUGGGAGGCAAUGACCACGAUGCCGCGACGGUUGACGCAGUCCUGGUACUCGACGGUGCAGCGAUCGCUGAUCAAGGAUGUCAACACGCUGUUCGUCUACGAGGAGCACGCUGAGCAUGGGGCCAUGUACGGGCUUUUCCAUCAGGAUCUGCGCCAGAUCAAACCCAACUACGAGGUUAUGAGCAAAACGGGCGCAUUGCGCCUUACCGAGGAUGGUUACAUACAAGCCACGCUCGCCAAGAGCAACAGACAGAAGCGCAAAUUUCCGGGCACCGAUGCUGGGCCGACGGGCAAGAAGGGUCGCCCCAGCUCGGAUGUGACGGCCAAUGUGAAACUGCCGCCGCAUGGUUAUCCGCUGGAGCAUCCAUUCAAUAAGGAUGGCUAUCGUUACAUACUCGCCGAGCCCGAUCCGCAUGCGCCGUUCCGCCAGGAGUUCGAUGAGAGCGCCGACUGGGCGGGCAAACCCAUACCCGGCUGGCUAUAUCGGACGCUGGUACCACACGCAGUGCUCCUGGCGCUGCACGAUCGUGCGCCGCAGCUAAAGAUUAGCGAGGAUCGCCUGGCGGUGACCGGCGAGCGUGGAUAUUCUCAAGUGCGCGCCACCCACUCUGUGAAUCGCGGCAGCUGGUACUACGAGAUCACCAUUGAGGAAAUGCCGGAGGGUGCAGCGACUCGUAUCGGCUGGGGACGGGAAUAUGGUAAUCUGCAGGCGCCGCUGGGCUAUGACAAAUUCGGCUACUCCUGGCGAUCGCGCAAGGGCACCAAGUUCACGGAGAGCCACGGCAAGCACUACAGUGAGGCUUAUGGUGAGGGCGACACACUGGGCCUGCUCAUCGAGCUACCCGAGUUGCCCACCCUCAACUAUCUGCCCAACACAUUCAAAGAUCGCCCGCUCGUUAAAUUCAAAUCGCAUUUGUACUACGAGGACAAGGACAAAAUUACAGAGACCCUUAAAAACCUGCACAUUUUGAGCGGCAGUCGCAUUGAGUUCUUCAAGAAUGGACAGUCGCAGGGCGUGGCUUUCGAGGAUCUUUAUGGGGGCAGCUAUUUUCCGGCCAUUUCCAUACACAAGAGCGCCACGGUCAGUGUGAACUUUGGCCCAGCCUUCAAAUAUCCCGAAGCGUUAACCGAACGCAAGGCCAAGGGCAUGAAUGAGCGCGUGGAGGAGCUGAUCACGGAACAAUGCUUGGCGGACACACUAUAUCUAACCGAGAACGAUGGCCGGCUGCGUCUGGACAACCUAAGCCUUUAAAUAAUAUUAUAAAAAGCGUCUUACUAAAAUGUCGACUUUAUAUUCUGCAAAUUUAAAGCAGGUUUUUUAAUUUAUUAAUAGUCGAUGUUAUAAGGAGGCGAAUAUAAAAUGUAUUUUUAAUACUUACUAAACUAGAAGGCCGCCUGUCGAGUAUAUUUUCUAAAAACAAUAAAACACCGCUUACAAUUCGAGUUUUAAGUUAA